GGCUGCAUACAGCUAAAAUCUGUCCCACCGAGCAUUGCGGCUAAAAUACGAGUUUUGCCCCUACCAAAGAACAUGCAUCCCACUCUUAAUGCAGGUAGACGCCUCGCGCGUACCCGCUACCUAAGGCUCAAAUAUCAAAACGACCCAGACGUCUGUUACACUGACGCUGGGGAGUACACUUCCCCACGUGAGGCAAAGUGCAUAGUCGUCUGCGACUCGCUUGGACGAGGUGAAGCGAUAGCGUCUCUCGCCGCUCCCACAUCGAUCGCGGAGGCCGAAGAAGCGGCAAUAGCAUUAGCCGUAGCACAGAUUUCGCGUAAAACUGAAAACACAGACAAGACCUGUACCAUAAUCACAGAUUCACAGCCAGCGUGCAGGGCGUUCGCGCGAUGCAUCGUCUCACAACGAAGUGGACACAUUCUAAACACAGUUAAUCAAAGCACACUACCCGCAAUCCAGAUAGUCUGGACUCCUGGACAUACCUCCCUUUCUGGCAACGAGAGUGCGGAUGCACUCGCCCGAGAAAUAGCCGGCCGGGCGUUGCAUGGGGAAGGGGAGGCACCGGAGAAUCACAACAUGACCACAUCGAACUUACGCACAGAGCCAACACCGCUUCACACGUACAAUCAAAUCACGGCAUUUUACAGAUCACAGCGUAGAACACUACCCCCUCCGCACAGGGACUUAUCUAGGCAGGAAGGGAUUGAGUGGCGACAGAUACAAACACACACUUUCCCAAAUUUGUACCACAAGCAUCUAUUUUUCCCAAACAGAUACCGGGGCACCUGUCCCGGCUGCCAAUCCCCCGAACCUUCCCUUUUCCACUCUACCUGGGCCUGCCCCUCUCCACCGGGGCAAGGCAUCCUUCCCAUCCCUGACCCAUCCUUUACCUCCUGGGAGGCUGCGCUGUCUAGCGCAAAGCCCGAGGACCAGCGAAUGCUGAUCUCUCGGGCUAAGCGGAUAGCAGAGGCCAACGGGGCCCUGGACUAGGGGCUCCCGACCAGAGAGAAGACACUCAUGCCUUUUCCUUGAAUAAAGUUUUUCCU